UGUUUUGAGAAUGUAAACAAAUCUGCGUGAAGAAGAAAAUUUGAAGCCCGAUCAAGUCGAUUACUUGGAGAAACGAAUUACGAUGUCUACCGCCGUGGUUGAGAAUGGACAAAAUGUUAAUGAUGAAAUUAGGGGACAAACAUACUACUUCCCUGGGGGUGGGUCGAGUGCAUCGCUAUGGCAACGGAUAAAUUUAUUUAUAUCUAUUUACUGGAAGUCUAUAAUAGUAGUGCUAACACCACUGCUACUGCUGCCCAUACCGAUCUUGAAUAAUGGACCAGCCUACAGAUGUAUGUACGUGGUCCUAAUCAUGGCAGUGUUUUGGGUCCUCGAACUCCUCCCCCUGCCGGUAACUUCAAUGUUGCCGAUCGUCCUGUUCCCGACUAUGGGCAUCUUGGAUUCGGAUAAGACCUGCGCGGCCUACAUGAAGGAGACCAACAUGAUGUUCAUGGGAGGCUUGAUGAUUGCUGCUGGGGUGCAGCACUCCAAGUUGCCAAAGAGGGUUGCACUAUGGACAGUUCAAGUCGUAGGCUGUUCACAUAGAAGGUUGAACUUUGGGUUGACGUUUGUGACUAUGUUCAUAUCUAUGUGGGUAUCUAAUGCGGCCGCCACGACCAUGAUGGUGCCAAUCGUAGAUGCCAUACUCGAAGUUUUGGAACAGCAAGGCUUAGGUGACGUGUACAUAAAUAAGAAGAAUCAGCCCACAGAAAAUGGUAAAGAAGCGAAGGCCAGUGGACCAGUAAAGAACACUGAUGAAGAAGCACCAAUGCCAAGUAACAUAACUAUAUGCUACUACUUAAGCAUCGCCUAUGCCUCGACCCUUGGCGGUUGCGGCACUCUGGUCGGGACAGCCACGAAUUCUGCGUUCAAAGGAAUUUUUGAUUCUGAGUUCCCCGAGUACUCGAGUUCGGUGAACUUCUUCUGGUUCAUGGCGUACAGCACUCCGCCCAUGCUGCUGAUGCAGUUCCUCGUGUGGAUGUCCUUACAGAUCACCUUCAUGGGAAUGUUCAGACCUAACAGCGAAGCCGCCAAGGCAGUGAACCUCGCCAGCUCCGGCUCCACGAACACCAUGAAGGUUAUCAAGGAGACGUACAGGAGUCUAGGACCCAUCACUUUCCAUGAAAGAGCUUCAGGUUUCCUGUUCAUCUUUGCGGUGCUCCUGUACAUCUUGAGGAAGCCAGGCUUCAUGCCGGGCUGGGCUGACGUCCUCACCGCCAUGAAAGUGAAAGACGGCGUGACGUCAAUGUUCAUAGUGAUCCUGAUGAUCAUACUGCCCAUGUCCACGGACUUCCUCAAGUUCUUCUCAUCUAACGCUUCUUACGAGGAGCUGGCGGCCGCCAAGCCGUCGCCCAGCAUCGUCACGUGGAACAUCCUCAAGGAGAAGAUUCCCUGGGGACUACUGUUCUUGUUGGGCGGAGGGUUCGCGCUGGCGGAGGGCAGCAAGGCGACGGGCCUGUCCUCCAUGAUCGGCAGCUCGCUGCAGGGGCUCGCCGGGCAGCCGCACUGGCUCGUGCUGCUCGUCGUGGUGCUCGUCAUCCAGUUCAUCACCGAGUUCACCUCCAACGUGGCCAUCGCCAACCUCACCCUGCCCGUGCUGGCCAACAUGGCUCGCGUUCUGAGGAUAGACCCGCGCUACCUGAUGGUCCCGGCCACGCUGGCGUGCUCCAUGGCCUUCCACAUGCCCGUGGGCACGCCGCCCAACGCCAUCGUGGCCGGGGUCGCACACAUCCCCACCGCCAGAAUGGCCGUCGGCGGGAUCGGACCUAAGAUUAUAACGACAUUAAUAGUGUGGGGCUCGUACCUGACUUGGGGCUCGGUGAUAUUCCCGGUCGGGGACGCGCCGACCGCGCUGUACAACGCCACCGCGACCGCGCUCUCCGCCAACGUGACCCUGGGCUGCGACAUCGCCUACUCCUCGCUGCCGGCCGCCGGACGCUUCAACUGUACCGUCCCCGGGAACGGGACCGCGCUGGCCGAAGUCGCCAAGGGACUCUUCAGAUGCGACUACCUGCCCUACGACAGUUGAACUUUGGUGUCAUAAUGCCGGAUGUCUAGAGGCGUUUCAAAUGUAACUUAAAACGGGUUUCACUGUCCAACUUGAAUAUUGAAUGGAAUAGUUUGUUCUCAUUAAACCAAGCAUUAUUAUUAUUAUAAACCUAUAUAACAUUUGAUAUUGGAGUUGGAUGAGUAUUUGGUGUUUUUCUAAAAUAUAUAGUUAUACAAUUUUACCGUAGAAAAAUUUGAAUACACUGUAUGAAUUAAUGCGGAGUACUUACAAAACAUACAGGAGACUAUGUUUCUCUUUUAAAAAUUAUGUACUUACUUGUCAUUUUCCACAAUAAUUCAAAACGAGUACAUACUUAAAUUUUUUAAAAUAUCCGCGUAUUAUAUAAGACUUCAAACAAAUAUCGUGAGAAAGCACAAAGCUAUUUUUAUAUACAUUACUUGUUUUAAAAACUAUUCGCUCGUAUUUACUACGAGUUCGGAUUACAGUUAAAUCCUAAAAUAUGUGUAAGUCACAAUUCAUUGCAGUUACGUUACACUUGCCUCCACAAAACUUACUGCAGUAAACUCCAAACCCAAAGUUCAAACAUUCAGUGGUCGCUCAAACUUUUUUCUAAGUGUCUUAAUGUUACUUGAAAUGAAUUCACAAGACACUUAAGAACCGAACGCAUGAUUUUUAAAACCGAAUCGCAUUUUAGACAAUAAUACUUAACUUAUUUACCUACAUAUGUGUUAUACCAACGAAUAUAUACAAAUAUAGUUUUGUAUGAUUUUUUGUAAGUUCCGGCAACCCACUAAGCAUUUUAUAUACGUAUGAAUUCAGUCGUGCUACUCCGUAGAUGAAUUUCGUUCGUGUUAAAUUGACAGCCCGAAAAGAAAAGCCAGGAAACUUGUUUGUAUUUUAAAAAGAAAUUACUUAUAAGAAAAAAAAAGGUUAUUCAAAUGUUGGUAACAAAAAACCUACUAGAAAAAUAAUAUUAAUCUUGGCAACACAAAUAGUGUUGCCAGCGUGAUUUCUGACAUUUAGUAGAAAUAUUUUUCUAUAAAUAGUAGUAAUGUUUCGAGAUCCUGUUCUCUGACAAUUCUUUCUACUUUUCUUCUUUCAUUGUCAUUCAGCACGUGUGACGUUCUGAAGGUUGAAGGUUGCAGGUUGUAGUCUUGAAGUUUGUCUACAGAGUAAACGAGAAUUCAGUUAUUUAAUCGUAGCAUUUAUCUUAUUAACUUCGUGUCUGGUUAUUCAUACUGAUGUUGUUUGGAAAUAUUUAAAACUCUGUUCAUUGGUUAAUAUAGUUUUUAGUACUAGCGCCUCUGGACACUGCUAAGACUUUCUUGUUCGUGUUGUCUAAUCGAGGCAUUCUAAAGAGACAACCGCAUACCAUAAUUAUAAUACAG